UCAACCUAAAACCCUUGUAAACCCUGCUCCUUCUUCAACCUGCCUCAACCGAAAGCAAACUAGCUUCAUUCCUCUUACCAGAAAAACAGGUAAGAAGAACUAAGAAACAAACUCAUGGCACCGCAUUCAGAAAAGCCGCAGAAGAAGAAUAAGAACAACGACAAGCCAAAAAUCGCUAAAGCCUCUAAGAAAAUAUCCAAACCAAAAAAGGAACAAAACGACGCCGUCGUGAAGUCUAAAUCACUUGCUCUGCAACUCGAAGACGAAGUUCCCGAUUUUCCUCGAGGUGGAGAAUUUUCUUUGAAGCGAAGUAGUAAUGAUCAUGAGAAAUUUGGGGAUGAGGACCGGACGAAGAAAGUGUGGAAGACUAAAAAGAAAGGGAAGAAUGUGGUUGGUAAGAGUGAUAAGAGUGAUGAUUUUGAAAGUGAGUGGGGCUCGCUUUCUGGUGACGGUAUUACCGGAAAAUUGCCGCGGCGGGUCAACAGAAUUACUCUCAAGAAUAUAGCUCCUGGAAUGAAGCUGUGGGGAGUUGUUGGUGAAGUAAAUAAUAAAGACCUUGUUAUUAGUUUACCAGGGGGUUUACGUGGUAUUGUUAAUGCUUCAGAUGCAUUGGAUCCUAUUUUCGGUAAAAAAACUGAGGUUGGAGAAAGUUUUCUUUCUGGUGCAUUUUGUGUCGGGCAGCUAGUUUCAUGCAUUGUGCUUAGAUUGGAUGAUGACAAGAAAGAGAAAGGAACCAGGAAAAUUUGGCUUUCUUUGCGUCUUUCGUUGUUGCACAAGAACUUCAACUUAGACGUUAUUCAGGAAGGCAUGGUACUUGCAGCAUAUGUUAAAAGCAUUGAAGAUCAUGGUUACAUUCUUCAUUUUGGUUUGCCUUCUUUCACAGGAUUCUUACCUAAAGAAGGUUUGGCUGGAGAAGUUAGAAUUGGGAAACAUGUUCAGGGUUUGGUUAAGAGUAUUGAUAAAGUUCGUAAAGUGGUUUACAUGAGUUCCGGCUCUGAUACAUUGUCCAAAAGUGUGACAAAGGAUCUUAAGGGUAUGUCAAUUGAUCUCUUAGUUCCAGGAAUGAUGGUUAAUGCUCGUGUGAAGUCAAUCCUUGAGAAUGGUGUUAUGUUAUCCUUUCUCACAUACUUCACUGGAACCGUUGAUCUGUUUCAUUUACAAAAUACAUAUUCUGCAGCAAACUGGACGGAUAAGUACGUUGAAUCUCAGAAGAUUAUUGCUAGGAUAUUAUUCAUUGAUCCAUCGAGUAGAGCUGUUGGUUUGACGCUAAAUCCACAUCUUGUUCAGAACAGGGCCCCUCCUUCUCAUGUUAAAAUUGGAGAUAUAUAUGACAACUCAAAAGUUGUCAGGGUGGAUAAAGGAUCGGGACUAUUGCUUGAAGUUCCAUCAAUUCCAGAGUCAACUCCCGCUUUUGUCAGUAUAUCUGAUAUUGCUGAAGGAGAGAUUAAAAAACUUGAGAAAAAGUACAAGGAGGGAAAUCAUGUCCGUGUUAGGAUUCUUGGUUUAAGGCAUUUGGAAGGACUUGCUACAGGAGUUUUGAAGGCAAGUGCUUUAGAAGAGGCAGUGUUUACUCAUUCUGAUGUCAAACCCGGGAUGGUGGUGAAGGCAAAAAUUCUCUCAGUUGACAGCUUUGGUGCUAUUGUACAAAUUCCUGGUGGUGUGAAGGCACUUUGUCCUCUUCGACAUAUGUCUGAAUUGGAAAUUGCAAAGCCCGGGAAAAAAUUCCAGGUUGGAGCAGAAUUGGUGUUCCGUGUGCUUGGAUUCAAGUCAAAAAGAGUGACCGUUACACACAAGAAAACCCUCGUGAAAUCCAAAUUAGGGAUUAUUAGUUCAUUUGCAGAUGUAACUGAUGGUUUGAUAACUCAUGGAUGGAUAACAAAGAUUGAAGAUCAUGGGUGCUUUGUACGGUUUUACAAUGGGGUCCAAGGGUUUGCUCCCAGAUCUGAACUUGGACUAGAGCCUGGUGCUGAUCCAGGUGCAGUGUAUAAUGUUGGGCAAGUGGUCAAAUGCCGGGUCAUUAGUUCCAUUCCCGCUUCAAGGAGGAUCAACCUUAGUUUCAUCAUAAAGCCUACAAGGGUUUCUGAAGAUGAUGUGGUUACAUUAGGUAGCAUUGUUUCUGGAAUUGUUGACAGAGUAACAUCUAAUGCUGUAGUUGUUUCUAUCAAUAGUAGUGGUUUCUCUAGGGGUACAAUAUCUAUGGAGCACCUAGCAGAUCAUCAUGGGCAAGCUACUUUCCUGAAGACUGUAUUGAAACCUGGAUUUAAUUUUGAUCAACUACUGGUUCUAGAUUUUAGGGGGAACAAUAUCAUUCUGUCUGCCAAAAGUUCGCUUAUCAAAUAUGCUCAGCAGAUUCCUGCAGAUAUUAUUCAGAUGCAUCCUAACUCUGUUGUACAUGGCUAUAUAUGUAACAUAAUUGAGACAGGGUGCUUUGUUCGUUUCCUUGGUCAAUUAACUGGUUUUUCUCCAAGAAAUAAGGCUGCAGAUGACCAGAAAACUAAUAUUUUGGAAGCCUAUUACAUUGGGCAAUCAGUUCGCUGUAAUGUAUCCAAUAUUAGCUCUGAAACCGGCAGAGUAACAGUCUCUCUAAAGCAGACAUCUUGUUCUUCCGCAGAUGCAUCAUUUAUUCAGGAUUAUUUUCUUAUGGAUGAGAAGAUUGCUAAGUUGCAAUACACGAGCCCCAGUGCAUCUGAUUCAAAAUGGGAUGAAAAUUUCAACAUCGGCACAGUUGCCAAAGGAAGAGUUGAAGAUGUUAAGGAUGUGGGAAUUGUUGUUUGCUUUGAGAAGUACAAUGAUGUUUUUGGUUUUAUUACCAAUUACCAGUUAGGUGGAACUGUUGUGGAGAAAGGCUCUGUAGUGGAAGCUUUUGUUCUUGAUGUUGCAAGGGCAGAACGACUUGUUGAUUUAACUCUAAAACCAGAGUUCAUUAAUAGAUCUGGAGAAAGGAGUUCCAUAACUCAUACCAAGAAAAAGAAACGUCAAAGGGAAGCUCUGAAUGACUUGGUGUUGCAUCAAACAGUAAAUGCAGUAGUGGAAAUUGUGAAAGAGAGCUACCUGGUUGUAUCUAUUCCAGAGAAUAAUUACACAAUAGGAUAUGCACCAUCAUCUGACUAUAAUACUCAAGGGUUUCCGCGGAAACAAUUCGUAACUGGACAGAGUGUUGUUGCAACUGUUAUGGCUCUUCCAAGCCCUGAAACAUCAGGAAGGUUGCUUUUACUUCUUAAUGAGGUCAAUGGGACAUCUAGUUCUAAAAGAACCAAGAAGAAGUCUAGCUAUCAAGUGGGAUCUCUGGUUGAGGCAGAGAUUACUGAAAUCAAAACUUUUGAAUUGAAACUGAAGUUUGGAUUUGGCUUACACGGCAGGGUUCACAUAACAGAGGUACAUGAUGCAAAUGUUAUGGAAAAUCCAUUUUCUGGAUACAAAAUUGGGCAAACAGUGAAAGCAAGGAUAGUUGCAAAGCCUAAUGAGGCAGAUAGCAAGAGAAAUACCUCAGGGUGGGAGCUUUCAGUCAGACCUGAAUUGAUUACAGGUUCCAGUGACAUAGGAGACAACAUAUCGGAGAAACUCGACUUUAAGACUGGACAACAGGUGGCUGGUUAUGUAUAUAAAGUAGAAAGUGAAUGGGUCUGGUUAGCAGUAUCUCGAAAUGUUAGAGCUCAUCUACAUAUUUUUGAUAGUUCUACUGAACCUAAUGAGCUUAGGGAUUUCCAAAACCGAUAUCAUGUUGGAAAACCUAUUUCUGGUCAUGUUCUGAGUAUCAAUUUGGAAAAGAAGCUCUUGCGGUUGGUUCUACGCCCCUUUUCUGCUAUUCCUGUCAGAACUAUCGAGCCACAAAUUAAUGUUGUGAAUAAGGAUUUAACAGCAUAUAUUCAUAAAGGAGAUAUUUUAGGUGGAAGGAUUAGUAAAAAACUUCUUGGUGUUGGUGGAUUGCUUGUACAAAUUGGUCCUUAUACAUUUGGAAAAGUACACUUUACUGAACUUACAGAUAAAUGGGUGCCUGAUCCAUUGUCUGGAUAUGAUGAAGGGCAGUUUGUCAAAUGUGUAGUUCUUGAAGUCAGCGACACUGUCAGGGGUACAGUUCAUGUUGACUUGUCAUUACGUUCUUCAAAUGUUAUACCUUUGCAGGGUUCAGCAGAUGUUCACAGCAACGCGCAUGCUAAGGACAAACGUGUGGAGAAGAUUGAGGAUCUUCAUCCUGAUAUGGUUGUAAAGGGUUAUGUUAAAGUUGUCUCACCAAAAGGAUGCUUCGUUUUGCUCUCACGGAAGAUUGAGGCCAGAGUUCUUCUGUCGAAUCUAUCUGAUCAAUAUGUUACAGAUCUUGAGAAAGAAUUUCCUGUUGGAAAACUUGUAAUUGGCAGGGUUGUGUCUGUGGAGCCUCUUUCAAACCGUGUUGAAGUUACUUUGAAGACAUCAACAGUUUCUAGUACAUCAAAAUCUGAGAUCUCUGAUAUGGGUAAAUUUCAAGUUGGAGAUGUGAUAUCGGGCAGGAUAAAGCGGGUCGAGUCAUUUGGUUUAUUCGUUGCAAUUGACAACACAAACACAGUUGGAUUGUGCCAUAUAUCAGAGCUUUCUGAUAAUCAUAUUGAGAACAUUGAAGCAAAGUACGGAGCUGGAGAGAAAGUAAAUGCAAUAAUAUUGAAGGUAGAUGAAGAAAGACAUAGGAUUUCUUUGGGAAUGAAGAAUUCAUAUUUGAGGGGAGAAACUGUGGUCCAAACACCUUUAGAGGAAGGAUCCAUUGAACCUAUUGCAGAUGGCAUGAAGUCUACAUCUUCUACAAAUAUGAUUGUAGAAUGCGAAACUGAUCAAUUCCCAAUUCUUUCACAAGCAGAAGAAAGGGCCUACAUUCCUCCGCUUGAUGUUGCCCUUGAUGACUUUGAUCAAUAUGAUGUAAAUAACACAAAUAUUAAUAGCAAAGAACUUAAAAAUGAAGAAGGCGCUUUACUUGAAAAGCUGAAGAGGCGUGAAAAGAAAAAGGCAAAGGAGGAGAGGGAGAAGCAAAUAAGGGAUGCUGAGGAAAGACUACUGGAGGAGGAUGUACCAAGGACUGCUGAUGAGUUUGAAAAGCUGGUUAGAAGCUCUCCUAAUAGCAGUUUCAACUGGAUAAAAUACAUGGAUUUCAUGAUUUCUUUGGCCGAUGUUGAGAAAGCCCGCUCAAUCGCUGAAAGGGCUUUGAGGACAAUAAAUAUCCGAGAAGAGAAUGAGAAGCUCAACAUCUGGAAGGCCUACUUUAAUUUGGAAAAUAAGUAUGGAAACCCUAGGGAGGAGGCCGUUAUGAAAGUAUUCCAGAGGGCUUUGCAGUACAACGAUCCCAAAAAAGUUCAUAUAGCACUUUUGGGAAUGUACGAGAGGACUGAGCAGCAUAGUUUAGCCGAUGAACUUCUGAAUAAAAUGACAAAGAAGUUCAAGCAUUCAUGCAAAGUAUGGCUGAGGCGAGUUCAAAGUCUUUUGUUGCAAAAGCAAGAUGCAGUUCAACCUGUUGUCAAUCGCGCUUUGUUAAGCCUUCCUCGACGUAAGCAUAUUAAGUUCAUAUCUCAGACAGCAAUUCUGGAAUUCAAGACUGGGGUUCCAGAUAGAGGGCGAUCUUUGUUUGAAGGAAUUCUACGUGAAUACCCAAAGAGAACAGACCUGUGGAGUGUUUAUCUUGAUCAAGAGAUUCAUCUUAAAGAUGAAGACUUAAUUCGGGCACUUUUUGAAAGGGCAAUUAGUCUGAGCCUGCCGCCUAAAAAAAUGAAGUUUUUAUUUAAAAAGUAUCUUGAUUAUGAGAAGUCACAAGGUGAUGAAGACCGGAUCGAAGCUGUGAAGCGGAAGGCGAUGGAAUAUGUUGAGAGUACUAUGGCUUGAUUUAUAACAUCACUGUUCUAGUUCUGAUAUCCAAUGACGGUUUAUGUUUGUCAAGGCAAGAUAACUAAACAUAGGGAAACAGGACAACUCUUGGUUGAAUGUCUUUGUACAUUAACAAUACAUAAUUGUGCUAAUCGAUUAUCUGCAGCACAGAAAGGGUGCAUGGAUUUAAGCUUAAGGUAAGCAAUGCAUCAAAUGUACACAGAAGGAGAACGACACCCCUUAGAAUUUUGGGUGCUUUGUUAGAGGGUGAGACUAAUGAUUAGAUUAAAAAUAUAUAUUACUGUAUUAUUAUUCUGUCUUUUGCCCAUUUUUGAUUCUGUUGGGCUAUUCUUUUUAGGCUGGACGCUAGAUUUAUAAUUAUAGUAUAAACGAUCAUAAGUUAUUUUAUAGAUUAGACAAUGUUGUAAUGUUAAGAUUUUGUUUUAUUACAACUAAUUUUAUGAAUGAAACCAUUAUUUUCUUGCCUCGUCA